AUGGCGACGCCUGCCAAAAACAACACGGCGAACGCCAAUCCAGGCGCGACCCCAACCCAAAUCACCUCUUCACCUUACCCAGCUCCCGCGGCUGUACCUAUGGGACGCCCGCUAUCACAUAUCUCGCCAUCAGCCACACGAACUCCCUCGCAUCACCCGCAACAGCAACAACACCUGCAUCAGCAACAGUCUCACCUAGGGCAGCAACAGCAACAGCUGCCUGCUUCCUCGCAUUCACAGGCUCCAGCACACCAGUACACGCCUAUGCUCGAGGAUGCCGCAGGAUUCAGCUCUCCUUCUGCAUUGCUAGCGUUAGGUCUAUCUGGCAUAACGCCUUCCCCUGGCCCUGGAGGAGUGGCGAUGACGGGCGGACUGAGUAUGGGCAUAGGUAUGGGCCUAAGCAUGUCUGACGCGAUGGGGAUGGGGAUGGGAAUGUCCCUUGACCUACCAAUGCACUCACUACCGGGUGCCACAGCGAAGGAUACAGAAGCUGAAAAACGACGAAACAUGUCUGAAGUGCUAUCUAUGCUACGGUCACGAGUGGCGGGACGAGGUGUGUGUCGAGAAGCCGUUAAACGACUUAGCACGCUAGAAGGAUUCGAGUGUAUGUGGGAGAAGAACAAUCUAAGUAUUGCGGGGAACACCGUUGAUUUGGAGAUUGAGUUUGGCCCGCAAGACGGGGCGGAAGCUGAUGUGGUGAAGGAUGUGACGCUCCGGUACGCUACGCAGGAUAUGGCUGAAGGGGAGAAGAGGGAAGCUGCAUCAGCGGUGUUGAAGAGUGUGUUGACAUUCAGUGCUGAUACAGCUGAGGAGCAAAUAGCUGCAGGAGAGUGGAAGGCGGUCGAUGCAUUCCAUGCGAACCUGACGCGGCUGGCUAGAAUGGAUGGGUUGUGCAGGGAGGUUAACUGCUUCGAGGCGGUGGAAGGGGUGCAUGAGAGCCUGCAGAAAGUUUGGGACAGCUCGGGCACGGGCACGGGCAUGGACGUGGACAUGGACAUGGGCACGGACGCAGAUACACAUCCGGCUGGGCGAGAAAGCAGGUUCUGGGAGAGGUUGUGUUGGAGCAGCAGUGUGGGCUGUCCUACCAUGCACCGGGGCGAGAACGUUGGUCUAGCGAUGCACUAUUGGGCCGAUCAACGGCGGUUACUGGCUGCACAACAUACUUCACUCGAAGAGGUGCUACAGGCUGAUCAGCCCCUGAAGGACUCGAAGGGCAGCAGCAGCAGACGACAGGUAUACAGUGCUGUGAUAGAGUGCGAGGCUGGCUACCCAUCACUACGCAUAUCUAAGGGCUGGCAGCAUGAGACGAGGCCGCCAGCCGCCUACGACGCGCUUGUGGUACCUGUCGAGCGGCGGGCACCAAGAAGCGGAAAGGGGGAGCAUGUGAGGAUGGUACCUAUCUUUGGCCAAACAGAGAAGAAGACGGGAACAGGAGAAGAAGAAAAAGGAGCGGACGAGGUGACGAGGAAGAAGCAUGUGUACAGUUUUCAUGCCCUGGAGCAUGUGCCUGGCUACACGGUGAGAGAGCUGCCCUUCUCGCACCCUCGACAGAUAGAGGAGGCCAUCCCCCUGCUUCGACAGUACGCUCUACUCGGCAAACUACUCAGCGUCUUCCCGCUGGCCAACACUAAAAGUGAUAGUAACCCUGACGAGAACAAGGACGGUGAAGAUGAAGAUGAAGAAGAUGAUGAAGUAGACGACGAAGAUGAUAAGGAGGAAGACGGUGAUCAAGUGAACAACGUGGAUGCAGCUGAGGCUCGGCUGAACUCUCUUCUAUCAUCCUCAACCAACGACAACAGCAACAGCAACAACAACACCAGCAUCGACGAGACGAAGCGCAUCUCGGUCAGCCUGCGCACACCCAUCUCGUCACCGCCGAGCCUGCUGGUCGUCUUCCCCCUGACUCCCUCCCGCACAGCCAGCGUGACGGUCGAGGUCCUCGCCGACGGCCGGCUGCGUGUCCCCUGCACCAACGGGAUCAUCGAGAGCUCUGGGUCCGACACGCGAGCAGCCGAGGAGCAGCAGCAGGAGGAUGAUAAGAGGAAGGAGAAGCUCUGUGGCUUGCUGGGGCGCGUCCUGGAGACAUGCGAAGAUCUGGGGUUGCUGGUCGAGUCCGCCUGUAGGUACGCCGUCCGCCAGAGUCGAGGUCAACCAACGAGCUAG